AGUCCGGGGUGGGCAACUGUGUUGGGUGUGUAACAGAAACUUCCUGGUUGUCGCGGUUCACCUGCCGAAACUGAAGAGAUAAUUCACACAAAAACACAAUCGCAUGCUCAUAUAUCCAACAAACUGACAUUUCAUCGCUACCUGACGUCACCUGUGUAGAAGCGGAGAGAACAUUCAUCAUCUGUAGCAGAGAAGUCCGUGACGCGCUGCUGGAGCAUUCACAGAACACAGAGGAUGAGGGUGUUUCCUGGUGGAAAGGAUGAAGAGUUCCCCAGCUAACCGCGGUCGGGACAUCGAGCGUCAGGCAGGAUAUCUGUGCCCGGAGCACUGCAUGCCUCCCCCUCCGCAGACACACUCGGCCGGUGAUAUGUGGUUCAUCCGGGACGGCUGCGGCAUCGUGUGCGGCGUGAUCACGUGGCUGCUGGUCUUAUUCGCUGAGUUUGUGGUCAUCUUCGUAAUGCUGCUGCCGUCGAAGAGUAUGCUGUACAGCCUAGUUAACGGUGCCUUGUUUAACGGACUGGCCUUCCUCGCCCUGGCCUCACACUUCAAGGCCAUGUGCACCGACCCGGGAGCCGUUCCAAAGGGAAACGCCACUAAAGAGUUCAUCGAGAGUCUGCAGCUCAAGCCGGGACAGGUGGUGUAUAAAUGUCCCAAAUGCUGCAGCAUCAAACCUGAUAGAGCUCAUCACUGCAGUGUGUGUAAGCGCUGUAUCAAGAAGAUGGACCAUCAUUGUCCCUGGGUCAACAACUGUGUGGGAGAGAGCAACCAAAAAUACUUUGUGCUUUUCACUAUGUACAUUGCUUUGAUUUCUCUUCAUGCUCUCAUCAUGGUGGCUGUCAAUUUUGUCUUGUGUUUUGAAGAAGACUGGGCAAAGUGCAGUUCUUUCUCUCCUCCGACGACCCUCAUCCUCCUCAUCCUCCUGUGCUUUGAGAGCCUGCUCUUCCUCAUCUUCACUGCUGUGAUGUUUGGGACACAGGUUCACUCCAUCUGUAACGAUGAGACUGGAAUCGAGCAGCUGAAGAAAGAAGAGAGACGAUGGGCCAAAAGGUCCAAGUGGAUGAACAUGAAGGUGGUGUUCGGUCACCCGUUCUCUGUGUCCUGGCUGAGUCCGUUUGCCCCGCCGGAUCACGGGAAGGCCAAUCUCUACCAGUACGUGGUCUGAGACGUCUCUUUGCUUUUAACCCUGUCUGCUCUGAGAGACCUCAGCGCACAGAACUCUAGUGACCUGUUUCUGUUCGAGAGUGACUGUGAUGUCCAGCUGAUCUUUUAUAAUCAAUCCCACACUGUGAACACUGUCCUUUAUCAAUCAUGUUUGAGAUGAACUGGAUCUAGAGGCCUCGAGUAUGGAACUUACUAACCCUCACCAGCCGUCGCAAAUAACUCGUGUUUCUUUUUGACGUUACUUAAUUUUUUUUCUUGAUUGACAGAUGCCUUUAUUAUUCGCUGGGUAAUUAGGAAAUGCCUUUCUUUUCAUUCUCUGCUCGAGCUUUAGCACAGAAAUGCUGCUAGAGUGUGAGGAAUCUUUCUUUGCCAAAUUUUAUUCCAUUAUGAAAAAUAAAAUCACACAAAACAUAUUUUUUUCAACUAAUUUAUCAUUUUCAAAACACUAGUGAAAACGUCUGGCCCAUAUAUCAUACCAAAAUCAUAUUUUUUUUGUGCAUUGUGACUAUUUACAUGAUAAUUAAAUGCAUCAUUCUAUCAGAUUUACAAUAUAGUACUUUGUAUUGUAUUAUUAUUAGUAGUAGUAAUUCUCACACUCAGUGCUGGUUACUCAUUACUGUAAACCAGUCAUUUGGACUGAAUUACAACACACACACACUUGCAUUACAAUAAUCAUAUAUUUUUAUCAGUCUUAAAAAUAAUAUUUUUGUAUUUUCUGAUUGUUUUCAAUCUUAUUCUCAAAUACAGUCAUUAAAAUAAUAGAAUUUCUUUGUUUCUAAAAUAAUAUCUGUGCAUUUUGCCUGCAAAUUUUUUAUUAAACAUUUAUUUCUGUUGAUUUUGGGAUGAAAUCUGGUGUUUGAGACAUGUUUUAUGAGAUUAAUUUCUGAAUGCAGUAGCUCAUUACAGGCCUGGAAAUACGUUAAUGACUGUAAUACAACACUUUCAGCCGUUCUUGGGACUGUUUUCACUGUCUCUUGGUGGUGGUGCUCGUAUGUCACUGCAGUAUUUGAGCACGAGCUCGGUCUUCCUGAAUCCAGACGGCUGCUGUCUUCGUCCUGUGACUCCUCAGGAUCACAUCAUGUUCUUAUCAAUCCUGCUUCUCUUCUGAAUCCAGCUCAGACCAUCAGAUGUUCGGCGUCCUCAGUGGAUUUCAGUGCAUUGAAGUAUUCGGCGGUUCUGCUGUUGGAUCAGUAUUUCCCGUCGGGUCUCUACGGGUCGCUCAUAAUCACUGUGGUUAACAGGAACACUGUUUCUUUUCAUUUUCAUUUUCUUUGCACAUUUUUUUGCCUGCUUUCAAUGUAUUGUGCCUUUUUUAAUCAAUGCUUUGUUGUGCAUGUAUUUAAAAAACAAAAUCAAUAUCUUAAUGCAGUUUUGGGUGUUGCUCUCACUUUGAAAGUAGAUUCAAUAAAAUUUUCUUUUUUGUUGUUUUUCCAAA